UUUGGCCAUAUGAGGCUGUUUUUGUUGAUUUUACUUUUAACGGCAUAUUCGCGCGAGGAUGUGUUACAAAUGGAUAGUAGUAACAUUGAAGAAGCAUUAAAGAGGGAGUUGGUCCUUGUAAAUUUCUAUGCCGAUUGGUGCCGAUUUUCACAACAAUUAAAGCCAACCUUUUUGCAAGCAAGCGAUAGACUUAAGGAUAAACCUGAAGUUUUAUUUGCUGCAGUAGAUUGUGAUAAAGAACCAAGUAUUGCUCAUAAAUUUAAUGUGAAUAAAUACCCAACGAUUAAACUUUUUCGACAUGGAGAUCUCAUAAAAAAGGAAUACAGAUCUCAACGAUCUGCUGAGGCCAUUGAAGCAUUUAUUCGUAAACAAUUGGAGUCUCCAGUGCAAUUAUUCAAUUCUGAAGAAGAAUUGUCAUCUAGAAUUGAAAGCGCCAAACGCAAUGUAAUUGCCUAUAUUCUCGAUGACCAAGUACAACCUUUACAUUCAAAUUAUUACAAGUCAGCUUCAUCGCUUCGUGAAGAUUGUGGGUUUUGGCUUGGUUCUGGUGAUUGGAUUUUGCAGCGGGAAGAACAAAUGCAUAGGAAUGCAACAAUUUAUUUUCGCGAACCAAAUGGAAAUUUUGAAUACACUGGUCCAUCGGAUGAUUAUGAUUAUCUUAAGUACUUAAUAAUUUUUAAAUUUAUUUUUUAUUUUAAUUUUAGAAAUUGGUUAACAGACAAAUGUGUCCCGUUGGUUAGAGAAAUAACUUUUGAGAAUGCAGAAGAGUUAACAGAAGAAGGGCUUCCAUUUUUGAUUCUCUUCCGUCAAAACGAUGAUAUCGAAUCUGAAAAACUAUUUAAUUCUAUUGUAACAAAAGAAUUGUUUGAUCAAAAAAAUUCAAUAAAUUUUUUGGUUGCAGAUGGAAAAAGAUUUGCACAUCCACUUCAACAUUUGGGGAAAUCUGAAAAAGAUUUGCCAUUAAUUGCUAUAGAUUCAUUUAGACAUAUGUAUUUAUUUCCGAAUUUUAAACAGCUUGGCGAGAAAGGCAAAUUACGUCAAUUUGUUUUGGAUUUAAAUUCUGGGAAACUUCAUCGUGAAUUUCAUCAAGGACCAGAUACUACACCAGAAUCGCUUUCUGAUGGUAAAAUAACUCAACCACCAUCUUCUGUCUUUAAACAGCUUAAACCCGCGGAGACUCGUUACUCUUUUUCGGACAAGACAGAGCUUUAA